AUGUCGGCAAUCGCGCACCACCGGUACAGGCUCUGGUUGAUGUUCCUGGUGACCCUCAACCUGGUCAUGAUGAUCGCCGACUAUUCUUUCUUGGCCUCCCUAGUCGCUAGAGCCAACGACCCCUACGACUCGAUGACCCCAGGAGACACCCACACACUCCGCCUCUUCUGGACCGACUAUGUCCUCAUCGUCUCCACUGUUCUCAUCUUCUUCUCCUACGGCUACUCUCUCCGUGGCAUGCGUCUCAUCAACCGAUUCAUCCGUGGAUUCUAUGUCCUUGCCCUAGCCGUGCUGUUGAUCACAGUUGCGGCUAAGUAUAUUGACGAACAGAUCAAGUUUGCGUCGAUCUUUAUUGCCUCGGGCUCGUCGUUGGUCUACAAGCCUUUUACUUGUGUCGGUACCGAGACGACCUCUUGCAACCUGAUCCUGGCGAAUAUCAUUAUUGCGCUGCUCACUGGAGUCUUCUCGGUCGUUGAGGUCUUUUGGACUUUAUCUUUCAAGCCCCUCGAGGCCAAACAGGAGUACCACUAA